UCUGCUCGCCGUUGAUCUUUCGUCGACUAAUUACCCAAGCCCCUCAAUUACUACUCGCCGUAGCCGUAACCGUCGUUCUCCUAGCCUUCGUCGUCGUGGUGCUCAGCCCGACGCCGCCUCUGCUGAUUCGUGGUGCUCUUGCUCCUCAGUCCGUAGCUUUGGCCAUUCCUUCAGUUCGUGGUGCUCUUGCUCUUGCUCCUCAGUCCGUAGCUUGGCCAUUCCUUCAGUUCGUGGUGCUCCUCCUUCGUGUGGUUUCUUUCAUUCUUGUAGGCUUUUCCCAAAGCUCUCGUCUUGCGUUUCUUACAUUCAUACGCAGACUCUCCCAAAGCUAAGGGUAUCAUUUUUCUAAGUGACGAUUAAACGUGCUCCUACCAAUCUUUCUUACUGGUGAGCCUGGUGUCACAUUCAUGUUCUACCUCAGUAGAAUUGAGCACACAUUGCGCUUACCUCCAAAUCUUCUUAGCCUUCCAAUUCAGGAGUCUAUUCAUAAUGAACUCGAGAAACUUUUCUUGGAUAAGGUUAUUGCAGAUUUGGGGCUAUGCAUUUCCAUCUAUGACAUUAGGUCCAUUGAGGGCGGAUUUAUCUUCCCAGGCGAUGGUGCUGCAACUUAUACUGUUGUGUUUACUUUAAUCAUGUUCCGCCCAUUUGUAGGAGAGAUUAUUACUGCAAAAUUGCUGGCAUCAGAUGCUGACGGCUUACGCUUAUCACUUGGAUUCUUUGAUGUUUAUGUACCAGGGCAUCACAUGCCCAAUCCAUCUCAUUUUGAGUUUAUCAAUAUUUUCUUGAUGUGCUUAUACAGUUUAUCUAAAUUUGACAUGGCCUAUUCAAAUUACAGCAAUAAAGGCACAUGGUAUUGGAACUUUAACGAACAAUCAUAUCCUAUUGAUGAUACUGACGAGAUCAAAUUCCAAGUUCAAAAUGUGAGUCACCCUUCAAUUCCUGUAGAGCAGCCAAAAGAAUCAAAGCCAUUUGCCCCUAUGGUGGUUACUGGUUCAUUGGAUCAUGAUGGCCUUGGCCCUGUUUCAUGGUGGUAUGAGACACAAGAAAUUGAGGACGAGUGAACGUCAGUUUAAAGCUCUAAAGGCAUCGCUAGAUGAUGAAUUCAUUACACUCUCCAAAAUUUUGCUAAAAGUGGUGUUUACUUUAUGUGUCAGACAGAAGAUCUCGUCGCAUGGAAAAGGUCUUACUGAGUACUCCUUGCUUAGUGCUAACUCAACAAGGGCGAUAUACCUUCCUCAAUGUCUUCUGCUUGUAGAAGUAUUCCCCUUUUUCUCAUUUUUGUUUGCUUACAUAUUAAGCUUAUGCGUGUUUUUUGGUUCUUUUAGUUUGUCAAAUAUUUUAUUUUGAUUCCUUUUUUUCUUUUUUUUUUGGGGGGGGGGGGGGGGGGGACGUUACCGUAAUCAAAUUCUGCAAUUAUACCCCUACCGGAAGCGUUAGAAACGAAAACUUGUCUUGAUGA